CCUCAUGUCUUCAACACAAGUCAUAAACAAACCAUUCCUUGCUUCAACACUUUGCUUAAUUAUCUCUGAAAAUGGCUUCCAAAGCUUCCUCAUUCCUUGCCCUUGUGCUCAUUUCCCAUAUCCUCAUUGCCAUAGCAGUUGCUGGACGCAGCAUUUCCCAGCAAACCAACUCACAAGACAAGAAAGAGCCUCAGUUCUUGUUCAAGUCUCAUGACAGGGUUUAUAUUCCAGGUAUUGGACCUGUAGGAUUUCCACCCAAAUUUCACGUUACACCUCACAAUCCAUUUACUCAUGCCAAUGGAGGAGUAGGAGCAGGAACUGGAUCAGGAACAGGAACAGGAACAGGAGCAGGAGCAGGAACUGGCUCAGGAAUUGGCUCAGGAACAGGAACAGGAUCAGGAUCAACUGGUCGCAGUUAUGUUCCAGGUGGUGAUGACACUUUUGUCCCAAACCCUGGUUAUGAGGUUCCCAUUCCUGGCAGUGGUGGCAGUGUUCCAGCACCAGUUCAUCCAUGAGUUAACUCGUGCAUGUUUGUAAUGCAUUCAUGCAUGCAUGCUAGAGGUAGUUCGUAAUGUUUAAGAUUGUGUUUUUUUUUUUUCUAUAUUCUAGCCAUAGCAAUCGAUAAAUAAGUGUGUCCAUAUGCACAUUGGUGUGUGUGUGUGUAUAUGGUGAUCACCGUGGACUUCCAAGUCUUUCUGUUUUGUCCUUAAUUGUAUUGUUUUAAGCUAAAUUAAGUGUGACUUAAGUUUUGUUCUUCAAUUCAAAGUA